UCCAGGUAAACAUGAGAGGAAGAAAAGUGGUAAAAGAUGAAGAAAAUUCAUAUGAUUCAGAAGAGGAAAGGAAGUCCCUACAAGAGCCCAAGCUGAGGUUAAUACUGGUGGGGAAAACAGGGACUGGAAGAAGUGCAACAGGGAACAGCAUUCUUGGCGAGAACGUGUUUGUAUCCAAGCUUGGGGCAAUGCCAGUGACCAAAAUCUGCAGCAAAGGGAGCGGGAGCUGGCAUAGAGGAGAGAUUGAAAUCAUUGAUACUCCUGAUAUCUUUAGCCUAGAAGCAUCUCCAGGUCUAAUUUCUCAAGAAAUCAUUCGAUGUUACCUCCUCUCCUCCCCGGGGCCCCAUGCACUAGUCCUGGUAACCCAGCUAGGUCGCUACACUAAGGAGGACCAGGACGCCAUGAAGAAGGUGAAGGAGAUCUUUGGGAAUAAUGUCAUAAAGCACACAGUGGUCAUCUUCACCCGCAAGGAGGAUCUUGGGAGUGGCUCCCUGAAGGAUUACCUCAGAUUCACAGAUAACAAGGCCCUAAAAGAGUUGGUUGCACAGUGUGGGGGCCGGGUCUGUGCCUUCAACAAUCGGGCCACAGGGAGGGAGCAGGAAGAGCAAGUGAAGAAACUAAUGGAAAUCGUGGAGAGCUUAGUACAGAAGAAUAGGGGCACACAUUACACUAAUGAGGUUUACAGCUUAGUGGAAGAGCUCCAAGAGACCAAUUCAGAGGAGAAGUUCAGAAGAAUUGGGGAGAAACUGGCUAAGUUUAAGGAAGAGAAUAAAAGGUCCCAGCGAUCUGGGGCAGGAGUCUUCCUGAUUCUCAGAGUUUUGAAUGAAUCAAGAAAAUCUCAUCCUAUGCUAUGGAAAUUCAGCAUCACUGUUAUUGGUUUCUUUUUCCUGUGGCUAGUGACUCCCAGAAGUUUUUUUAACAGCUUGUGGAACACCAUCAGUCAUGAAUAGCUUGCUAUCAUCUUUAAUAGUCAUCAGGAAAAAUUGGUCAAGAACAUUGCCUUCUGAAUAUGAUCAUCUCAUGGUUAUCUAUCAUCUUUUUGUAAGUCUAUCUAAAGCAUAGCAUUAAAAGUUUAAUUCAUGUCUCAUCUGCUUCAAGAAACCUUCCCAGCCAAUGCUGGGAAGUUAAUACAUUAAAAUAGCAAUGGAUUUAUAGUCAGAUCAUUUAGGUUCAAAAUUUAGUUCUACCUCUCUGAAUUCUGAUACAUCAUUUAAUUUCAAUGCAUUUCAAUUUCCUCAUCUGUCAGUUGAGGGGGUGGGAAGGCUAGAUAAUUUUUAAGGUCCCUCCCAGCUCUAAAUCUAUGAAAUCCCUUCCCUGACUUCCUUUCAUAUAUGGAUCUAGUUACUGUUUUAUACUGCUUCUUUUCAUAGGCAUUUGAUCUUUAAAAUCCUCCAUUAGACUCUGCAAGGCUAUAGCUACAAUUGCCCACAUUUGUACAAAACUUAAAUGUUUCUCCACAACUCUUUGAGGAAAGUAAUAUAAGUAUAUUAUCUAUAUAUUUUUUCCUAGAUGAGGAAAAUGACUUAGAGAAGUCAACUUGCUCCUAGUAACACAGAUGCAAAUGUUAGAGCCAGAUCUUCCCAUUUCAGACAUAGUUCUUUCUACUUUCCUACACUGCUUCUCUUCUAUUUUUUUUCACAGAUCCCAGGACAGGGUUAGGUAUAUAGGAGACAGACAGUAAACACUGGUUAGAUUUCACUAAAGUCUAUUAUUUCUAUAAAGGCAUAUACUAUGUAGCCUAAAGUCUCUUGGCUGACCAUUAUUAAAAGGAAUUGAUGAUUAUGAAUACAAAUCCUAUGUAAUUUAUAUUCAUUGAGAGUGAUUUACGCAUCUAGCCAUGUAAACUUUAGGAAUUCUUAUCCCAAUUCUGAUCCCAAUUUCACUAAUGAGCUAUUUCCCCAGAAGUGAAGGUAUCUAUGUCUCUUCCUCAGGAGUGGGAUCUCAAUCCUGAGAGAAUGAAAGAAUGUCUUUCUCUAAUGUUAUUUGCUAAAGCCCCCAUUCUGGUGUCUACUCACUAUUAACUGCCAGUUAUAUUUAUUAUAUCUUUUUUAUUAUUGAUAUCCUUUAAUGAUUGACACUUGAGUAUCAUGUAAGAAAUUACUAUCAGUUAGCUUUUAGGAAGAGAUAUUUACUGAGAAGAUAUAGCAAGGGCAGAAGUUACAGGACUUUAUGCCUAAUACCUGGGUUCACAUGCUUUCCUAUAAUUACUCUAUCCUUUUGGAGAAUGGGUUUAACUCCAAAACAAUUUCUGCCAAACAUUUUCAGCACUAAGUUCUUUUAUGAAUGUGAAAGGCAUUGGACGAAUCAUGGUCAUUCCUUCUUUGAUGCACUAGAUCAGCUGCUAUAUCAGGCAAGCACAUGUCACUCAGAUCCCUGAUCCCACCUCUCUCAGCUGUCUGCAAAAUGUGGCGGGGACUCUGGCUUCCAGAUCUUUUGUAGCUCCUUCUCCCAGCCAUGUAGCCUACUCUAAGACUCCUUCACCCAAGAGCAAGAAAGUGCAAAGUGCCAAAGAACAUGAUUCCCAUGAGAUCAAGUGGGGAGCUAAGUAGCUGGCAGAAGGUCACUGCUAUUGCUUCCCUUGGGACUAGCAGAACCAUGCACGCUUGGCUUCUUGGGAUCUUUGAAUCAGAGGUGGGCUGAAGUCUCUCUUAUCUAGAGGAGGAAAGAAGAGGAAGAAAAAUUUGAGCUGUGCCCUUAGCAGUCUUGUAUUCACUCUCACAUUCACCUCAGCAGCAUAUCAAAAAGCAGUCUUUUCACCUUAUGGUUAAUGGACCAGAAAUAGAAUACCUGGAAAUGCUCCAAAGUCAGGUGGGAAACUAUCUUGUGCUGAGCAUACUGGACGUGCUCACAAGGACUGGACUCUCACUGGUCUAUCUCCAUUACAAAACCAUUAGUGGCUUCGCAUCUUCAGAGAUGUGAAUUCAAAUCCAUCUCUUUCCAAGUGUUCCUAACACACCUGUCUUUUCUACAUGUGUUCUCUAUGUGUAUUCUAUCUUCCUACCGAAGCUGUGUGUGUCUUUUGGAGAGUGUGCUCCAGGCUUAUGGGCAAUGUUAUGUUUUGUUGAUACUUUUCUUGCAAAUCAUUUCAUUAAAGACCUUUGCUUUGAACUAAUUAGAUCAUUUAGUUGACUAUUAAAGGUAAAUUUAUGGUAGUAGUGGUGGGAUCAUAAGAUAUAAUUUUAGAGGUGUAGACCCACUAAAUACUAGGAAUAUGGGCUAGACAUUUGCUAUGAUUUGGCAGGUCUUACCAUGUUUUGUGUUAAUUUUUAUUGUGAUUAGCUUUAAGACACUCAGGGACAAACAAAUUUAAUGAUGAUUAUAUGUUUCAGUAAAAUUUACAUAUGUAUAUAUAUAUGUGUGUGUGUGUAUACAUACACCCAUAUAUAUGUAUACAUACACCCACAUAUAUGUAUACAUACACACAUAUAUGCAAUACUUAUCAUAAGUUCAUAAAAAGAAUUCAAACAUGUAAGUAAAUAGGAACUGCCUAAUAUAGAAGAUAGCUCUACUUAAGGUAGGAUAAGCCAUGCAUUUGAUGUAGAAUUAUAUUGAAUUUAAAAGCAGUGAUUUAAAAAAACAAAGAAAUAGUCUCAUAGCUUUUGAGGAACUCAAGAAGGGCUUUAAAGAUUAAUUUUAAUGAUUUUAUCACAUCACUUUUCUCAGUAAAGUUUUGUUCGCUUAUUUUUUAAAUAAAACACUUAUUCAUCAUUAAAAUCACUAUUUUAAAAUUCAAUAAGUGUUUUAAUUCAACAAAAAUGUUCGUUUUAUUUGAAGUCUCAUAUUAGCUUUUGUUUGCCUUGGGUAGAUAUCAAUCUGUGCAUUUAUAAUACAUUUGCAAAAUAGUCUAUUUUGCAUGAAUACUCUACUUGUUUAUUCACAACAAUGAACAAAAAUUAUAUUUUAGAACAACCUUUGAGCAAUCUUGUAAAAAUAACAUCUAUAUUUUAAAUGUUCAGUCAAAUGAUUAAUUCUAACAAUAGUCCUUGUUCCCAUGAAUUCUCUUCCUUGGAUCCUCUAGCAGUUCAACAAGUAAGUCAAACAUUUUGUUAACUUAAGAGUAGAAGACUACACCUCUAGAUGCCAGAGUCACAUCAGCAAAAUUUUUUCUCUUUCUCCUCUAUCUCUCCAAUCCUGCUCCUCACAUAUAUCCAGGCCACAAGGCUCUUCAUUCCCAUCUGAGAACAGUGAUUUAGGAAGCAAUAUUUCAAACUGAUACUUAUGUUAGACUGUUGGAGAAGGGUGAUAAUGAAAAGAUGCCUCCUGUUUCUCAAGAUCUUGCACAGUGUGGACACAAGAGACUGAUGAUGUAGGGGACACACUUUGAAUCAGUUCCUCUAACUUCUGCCAUUUCUGAGAGACCACCUCUGACUGAAGGAACAUGAAUCAAUCCAAUCUUUGCUUCUGGACUCCUCAAGAAUACAUAUACUAGCUCUUCCCAGGAUAAGUCUAGGAAUUGAGAUGGAAUUCUUCUUCUAAGAGGCUGUGUCUGGAGGUUCUUCACCACACAAUUGUUUCUAUCUGUGUAGUCAAAUGAUUUCCUAGAGAAAGACUAUUUGAAUAAAGCAUUUCUAUCUUAGGUCUAAGGUGGAACCAGUUGUAACUGGCUCUCAAGAGCUUGAUCAUUAAGUUUUUAGCAUGAGUAUUUAUUCUUUGGAAAUCAACAAUUGCUACAAAUCAGGACUCAAUUUGCUAUUCUUGGUUGCCUAGAUUUUAGAAAUAUCCGUGAUAUAAACUGUAGAGAAAAUAAAAAGAAGGUAAUAACAGGAGAACUGUUUUUGUUCGAACAUUAUCAAUUUAUUUUUAUAAAGAAACACAUUAUAAAGUCAAUUUUAUGAAGUGAAAGUCUAUCAAGAAUCAGGGCUUGAGAAAAUGAAGAUGUUAUUUUAUCACAUCUGGAAAUCAACAUCAAGAGAACAGUAGGAGAGAAACUUCCUUUUUCUUUUUUAAAAAGAAAAUUAUUGUAACUUUUAUCUGGUGAAGAAAACAAAAAAAAAUUCUUUCAAAAAGAACUUCUUAUUCCAAGUGAUGGGAUCAUGGGGAUCAUUUUCAAAAAAUGAAGAAAAAUAAUCUCUCACACUGUCACUUUUCAGAUGACUGUGUAUGACCAUUCAAAUGCCAAUUUUGUAAAUAAUUACGUUUUGUCUUAUUGUUGAUUUCACUGUUAACAAAUUGUAUAUUCGUGCCUUGAUUACACAAUAACUCUCUGUCUCUUUAGGGUUAAUAUCUACUUUUGAAUUUGUCAUUCUAUCUUUUUUUAAAAGGUAAUUAGAGUAGAAAUUACAUUUAUUUACACCCUUUAGUUUAGAUGUCUGUAAUUCUCAGUAACACUGUAAAGCAGGUGUCAAAUGCUCCCAUAUGUGACUAAGCCAGAUUAAAAUAUAUUGCAAAAUAUUGAAAAAAAUAAAACUACAAUAUAACAUAGUUAAUGUUAAUUGUGGUUUUGUAGAGAUUUGUUCUUAUUUGAGUUUGACUUCAUUGCAAAGAUAAUUUGUUGUUAAUAGCUACCUCCUGUUUCCUAUUGAUAACUCUCUUUUUCCCUCUUCCUCACAAUCACAGUCACAGUUCUGUUACCUGAGUUCUUUGUGACCCGCUUUGUGACCCUGCCCGGGAUGUAGCAUGGAGCUAGGCAGCUGUUUACUAUUCAAUAGAUGAUUUUUUAAUAAAUAAAUGAAAAGAUGGAACUCAUCCAGAUGCAUCACCUGAUCAAAAAGUCAAAUGGCAUUUUCUAGGCACUUAUUAUGUGCCAUGCACUAUGCUAAACUAGUAUGUAAUAAGGCAGGACUUUAAUUGCUUUCCCAUCAAGGACAACCUGAAUUUUGUUUAGUUCCUCCACCGCUUUCUACCACACCACCUAAGUUAUUAUAUGCCAGGCAGUGUAUUUAGAUGUCAUGCUUAUCAAAUUUGUGAAUGACAUGAAAUUAGGAUACCUUAAAUUUGUUAACAAAUCUUCUUAUUUAAUCUCCUUUCCUAGGUUCUUGUAGUAUUGCUAUAUUAUCCAGCCUCCUUAUCCUUCCCUGCCUAGAUAUCCUAUCUGGGCUUAGUAUUCCAAAUAGUUUCCUUUGUUUAUUUAUUACAACACUCCUUAUAACAACUCUUGCAUGUCCUAGAUUUUUUCCCCUUAAGAUUCUUUUCUGUGAUCUCUCUGUUGAUCCGUCAAAUUAAUCUUUGAUAAGGUGUUAACUAUUUAUUUCAUUAUUGAUUCAAUUCAGUUAACAAAAAUCUAUUAAACAGCAAUAUAUACAAGGCCUUCUGAGUUCCAAAGAUAGAUAAGAUGCUUGCCUUUAGGGAGCUUACAAUCUAUCAGGUAAGAUAAGAUAUGAACAUAUAUGAUUAUGAAACAAAAUAGAAUAUGAUAAUUCAUUAGAUAUUUAAUAACAAAGUGCCAGCUGUGUUCAGAGUCUGAAGAGAUAAUUCUACCUAGCAAGAACAAAGAAAGCAUCAUAGAGGAGGGAAUUAAUUGCACUGUGUUCCAUCUUAUUUUGAUCAAUCUCUCUUCUCUUCCCUGUCUCUCUCCACCUGUACUCCUUUCCACUCUUCCCAUUCCCCAUAUUUUAUGGACAUAUCUAGUAGAGAGAUAGGCACAAAUACUCCCCAACUCAGCUCAGUCAUGAAUUUCUUUAUCAGCAACUGUUACCCUUUAAUAUUGACUAUCUUGUCCCUUCUUACUUAUGCUGUUGCUCUUAAGUGAUUUGCCUAGAAUCAUACAGUUAGUUAAGUAUCAGAGCCAGAUCUGUCUUCUGUCUAUGUUAUCAAUACUUUCCCCAUAAUAUUGUGCUGCCUCUCAACUUAUCCCUUUCUGUUCCCUUUCACUUCCUCUCCCCUGACCCCAUUUUAAGUGAUCUCAAGGGGUUUGGGGAGAAUGCAAAUGAAAAGUAGAUCCCCUUCCCCUAAAGCCUUGUAUUUGUUAUUUCACUGGUUUAGCCAUGGCAGACUCUUCCUGACCCCAUUUAGGUUUCUUGGCAAAGAAACUGGAAUGGGUUUUUUUUUUUUUUUUUUUUUUUGCCAUUUCCUUUUUCAGCUCAUUUUACAGACAAGAAAACCGAGGCAAAAAGAGUUAGGUGACUUGCCCAGAGUCACUCAACUAGUAAAUAUAAAGCCUUAGGAUCUCCAGCUUAAUGUUUGGUCAAAGUAUAUUUGUAUUUUCAAUGUCUUGCAAGGCAUUGAAGGAACAAUAUUGAUGGAAUUUCGGGCCUUGUGCAAGGUGGGUGAGGGAUAGAUUUGAGGGUCAAGGGAAACUUUCCUGGUACUCUGAUAUCAUAUUAUCUAGGUCACCAGUCUUUAUAUAAGGCCAGCUUAAGUUGUUCAUAGGCAGACUUAGUAUUACUCUUUUUUAGUCAAAAGCCUUUAUUAUGAAAAAUUUUCACCAUCUCCUUGGGCCACCUGUUUGGCAGCAACUUCUGUGUUGCUACAUGGCUCUCCAUCUUCUGUUUUCCCUUUUAUCUGAAGAAAGAACCAGAAAUGAAACAGAAAUUAAGUUUUCUCCCAAGAUCCAGGAUACAUUGACUUUUACUUUCCAGAAAUGUAUUUGGCAAGUUUUUUGACAUUCUAUGGAACUGAAUAAGAAGAGAGAAGGGAGACUUGUUAAAUAUGGCUUUCUAUUUGUUUUAGAAAAUGAGAGAUUCUGUUUCUCCUUUCUUGCUCUAUUUUUUCAAAGUUUGAAAAGCUUCAUGGAAGGCAUGGGAUAUUUGAAUCCAGGUAGAUGACAAGGAUUUGGAGGAGAGGAGAGGAGAUAAACAUUCUCAGAGAGGGAGAAGACAGUAUGGACAAGAAUAGGUCAGUUAAAUAUGAGAGAGCAAUGAGGAGACAGGUUGAGGCACGUAUGAGAAAGUGUGUUGGAAACAUAGGCAAAAAGAUUGGAUAAAUAACACAAAUAUUCAUCAUAUUCUACAAGAUUUACAAGGAAUUUUUUCUUGCAACAAGCCUGUGAGAUCUGUAGUGGAAACAUAAUUAUGCCAUUUUACAGAUCAUAGGCUGUAGAGUAGAAGGAAUUUUACAUAUCACCCAAGUAUAAACCCUUCAGUUUAUAGAUGAAGAAAACUGAUUUCCAGAGAAGUUAAACAAGUUGCUCAGUGUUAUACAGGUAGUAAAUAGCAAAGUUGGGAUUUAAACUCAGAUUUUAAAAGCUGCUUCCUUUUCUCUCCAGCCUUGUCUAAACCAUUAAAAAAAAUUAACACUGCUGCUUUGGAAAUAUUUCAAUAGGAUAAGAUAUUAGUCAGAUAUUCCGCACACUUCUUGAUAAGCUUCUCAUAAUUCUUUGGAUAUCUGAACCCAUGGUAUAGAAGACAUUUUUAAGGGAGAGAGGUACAUUGUGUGAUGGAGGUAAUAAAUAACUAAAUUCUUUUUUUUAAAUAAUUUUUUAAAUUAUAGAUUUUUAUUUACAAGAUAUAUACAUAGGUAAUUUUUCAGCAUUGACAUUUGCAAAUCCUUUUGUUCCAACUUUUUCCCUCCUUUCCCCCACCGCUUCCUUAAGAGAAGAGCAGGUGCUUCCAUUCACUUUUGACUUAAAGCCUUAAAGGCUCUUCCUACUUCUUUUUUAAAAAAGAUAGAAACCCUUGUUUGGGACCAUCAAAAAAAUCUUUCCUUGGAUUUUUCAGUUUUAUCCUCAUACAGGAUCUUAGUUAGAGACUUCUCAUCUUUCCAAUGUGACAUUCUCAGCCCCAAGUGAUUGCCUCAGAUGCAAGCAAAUGCUGGUCUUGGCACUCUUUUUGCAUUCUCCCUUAGAAUGGUUUUAUAUUCAUAAAUAAACUAGUUUUAUUAUAUUUUAAAUUAUAAAAUCUAAAAGAGAACAGUCUGUCUGUAGUUUAUCCAACACUACCAAAGAGCAAAGAGUUGGGAUCCUCCCAGUUAGUAAAAGUUCUUGGUCUUUUUCUUUGGACUCCUCUUUCUGGUUCAGUGACACAUCUUUCAUUUAGACAGCAAAUCCUAGCUUGUGGCAAGUAUUAUAUUUACCUUCCAGUCUUAAUCUUUAAAGGCUAGACCGUAAACCAGGUAAGGGUUACUGGUACCUAUGGAAUGACCCUCUGUAGCUUGUAGUUAAGGUUUCCCCAGUUUUUGAAUCUUAAGGCUCUUCUGUUUUUCUAUGUAGAUGAGUGGGUGGGGAAAACGAAGAGAGACCAACUCUCAUGCAGGUAGCAGGCCUCCUUCACCUGUUCAGUCACAUUCCAGGCCUUUUGACUGCCAGACUGGGCCAAGACCCAUUUCUUGUCACAUCAGUAAAUCUCAGGAAGACUUUAGCAACAUUUCUUCCAGGCCUUAUUCCCCAUUACUUCCCUCUGAGCUGGCCAAACUGACCUUUGUACUCUUCCUCAUCUUCCCCAUGCUUGGAAUGAAUAUAUUCCCUCUAUACUUUCCCCUGCAACAGUUCCUAAUUCCCAUCAAAAGUUAGGGGGUUAGCCCCCUCCCUGACAUCUACAUUAAUCAAGUCAUAUCUUGGAAGCCCAUCUGGCAUUUCCUUCUCCUAUACCUAACUUUCUAUAUGUAAGCAAGUUGGCUCUGUGCCUACUUUGUUUUCAAGCACUAUAAAUUCAGUCCAGUUUUAAUCGUAGUUGGAACCUCACCCACCUGGGCUCUCUCCCCAUUUGGAAUUCAAAGGCUGUUCAUUCGAGGUUUCCCAGUCUGCUGCAACUUAAGAAUUGCAACUUAGAGACGGUGCUCCUUUGGACGGGUGAUGCUUUCUUGGAUUUCUAUUUUAAUCAUAUUUCUCCUUUUUCUUUGUCUUUUAUGUAUUAUUUACUGUAUUGGUUGUUAUUGUAGGCAAUCUAUUCUGUGUAUUGUAUAAUUAAAUUUUACUUUCGCUUAAA